AUGACCGUCACGACCGCCGCGGCCGUCAUGACCGUUUGGUGGUUGGCCGCGAUACUGUGCGUGGCCGGCGGUUUGACGUUGGACGGCACGUACGGCCAGUUCCGCAAGUGGAACGCCGGGCUGAACGGCACGCUGGAAAUGGAGUUCAAGACCCGGUCGCCCAGCGGGCUGCUCAUGUACACCGACGACGGCGGCACGUACGAUUUUUUCGAACUGAAACUGGUCGAGGGCACGAUGCGCCUCCGGUACAACCUGGGCGCCGGCGCCCAGAUACUGAUGGCCGGCCACGAUCUGUACGACGGCCGGUGGCACCGGGUGGCCGUCGAGCGUCGGGGCCGCGUCACGGCCCUGACCGUGGACAACGCGACCAGCACCGCGCCGUCCGCCGGUAAGGAACUGCAGUUCGGCCGGCUCGCGUCCAACUCGGCCGUGUACGUGGGCGGCAUGCCCGGCUGGUACAACGGCCGGCUCACCCGGCUCGCCCUGCCCAGCGUCAUAUUCGAACCGCGUUUCAGCGGCUCCGUCCGGAACCUCAUCUACACCGACGAGUCUUUCCCGUAUCCCAGGCGACAGACCGCGGUCACGGAUCCGGGCCGACAACCAGAAGUGAGUGAUUUUUUUUUUUUUCCAUACCUAACCAAACACAACCCCGUACGUAUUCGCGAAAUUCCCUUUACAAUUCUUAAAAGGUGAUUCUCAACGCCUAA